AUGGAGCCGAUUGUUCCGAGUAGAGGCUUAAGGAAAGGGGAUCCCUUAUCUCCUUAUUUAUUCAUUAUAUGUGCUGAGGGUCUUACUAGUUUGUUUCUAGAAGGCGAGAGAAGGAAUAACAUUCACGGUGUUGCUAUUUACAAAAACGCCCCGUCUAUAAGUCAUCUAUUUUUUGCAGACGAUUGUUAUCUUUUCUUUCGGGCGAAUAUGGAGGAGAUGUUGGUGGUAAAAGAUAUUCUUGAGAGGUAUGAUAUGGCCUCGGGGCAGCGAGUAAAUUUGAACAAGUCGAACAUUAUAAUCAAUAAAAACGUUCCUGAGAUGGUGGGGUUGACUAUUGCUAGUCUGAUGAGUGUUAAUGUUGUUGUGGAUCAAGAGGGUAAAGAGGUUCUUAUUAAGUCUGUCGUACAAUCCCUUCCUAAUUACACUAUGAAUGUUUUUUUGAUUCUGGUGGGUUUGUGUGAUGAGUUAGAACGAGUGAUGAAUUCGUUUUGGUGGGGGCAAUAUCAAGAAAAGAAGAAAGGGAUUAAUUGGGCGAGUUGGGAUCGAUUGUGUAAACCAAAGAAGUAUGGAGGUUUGGGUUUCAAAAAGAUUAGGGAUUUCAACAUUGCUAUGUUAGGUAAACAAGCAUGGAGAAUGAUAGCCUUGAAAGAUAAUCUCAUGGUGAAGGUGUUUAAGGCUAUAUAUUUUCCUAAUUCUUCUUUUUUGGAAGCUAAGUUGGGGGAUGUAGCGUUAAUCAGAGAUAUUUUUUCGCCCCAAGUCGCUGAUUCGGUAUUGAGUGUCCCUUUGAGUAUGCGCAAUAUGGAUUAUACCUGGUUAUGGAAAGCUGAAGUUGGAGGUAAUUUUUCAGUUAAAUCUUGCUAUAGAAGUUUAAGAGGCGAGGAAAGGGGUUUAGUAGAUGUGUGUGGUGGUGCGGAUGAGUCGAUCCUCCAUCUGCUAGCUGAGUUGAAAGUUGGUUUGAUUGCUCCGGAGAUUGCUUCUCAGCUUUUGGGUGGUAAGAGGUCAUCAGCGGUGGAAGUAUUGAAUUCAGCCGGCGCUCAGCUUCUGGCUUGGCAAGCAGCGAGACUGAAGAUUCAAGAUGUUCCGAUCUAG